AUGUUUGUGCGUUGGUCAUCAGCAUUGAGACUGAAUUGGGAUUCAGCAUUGAAGAUCACAUGCCUCCAGUGGGUCACAGUUCACCUUGCUCGAGUUUGGCAAAAAUAUAAUGGAUACUGCGUGAGAUCAGUGGUAGGCGUCUUAAUGGAUGUCGGCAGCAUAUACCAACAUCAACCAUUUGUCUCCGAAUGGUUUCCCUUGAUACCACCGGAUGCCUGGAAAGUGGUAAAUGGUGUUGAAUCAAUGCUAGGGACAUCGAGAGGACCUACAAAGUAUGAAAGAAAUUGGGAAGAUGUUACUGCUUAUGGUAGAGAAAGAUUCAAGGGUUCUCCAAGAGGGAUUUCCAGGGGCCGUCGAUCUCGAGGCCGUUUCAGAGGUGCCUCACGAUUUCGUGGAAGGGGACGGGGAAGAUACAAUCCACAGAAUUUGAACAAAAGUGAAAACGAAAGUACUUCAGUUGUUGAAGAUGUUACUGCUGAAGAAGAUACUCACCAAGAUACUGAGAGUAAAGACAGUGUUCCUGUUAUUAAUAAUAAAGAAUUUCCAGCAUUGCCCACUAAAGAAGCUGAGUGUGCAGUUGAACCAUUGCCAGAAAGGACAACAUAUCUACAAAACAAUUCUACUGAAAUUACAGAAAAUAAAUCUGUGAGGACUUUGACUUUUGAAAACUCAAAUCUAAGUGGUAGGAACUCUUUAGAACGAGAUAUUCCUCCAAGGCGGGGUAAAACUUCACCUUUUAGGGGCAGCCACGAAAGAGGAAGCAGAAAACCCAUACCUCGAGGAAGCAGAGGAACUGGUAGAGGAGAAUACAGUAGAAGAGGACGGGGGAAUAUGCGCCAUAUUUCUCCUCGUUUCUUAGAAAAUAAAGUGAAUGCCCUUAAUUCAGAAAUGGAACAUUUGUCCAUUGAGGAAGUCAGUAAUUCGUGUAAUGAUAUAAAUUCGGAAGUUAUACGUCCAGGUGACACUAAUGGAGUCUUGGUUAAUAACCUAAAUGGCACUGAAGUAUCGAGCAUAGGGUUGAAGGGUGCUGGUGAUUCUGCUGGUCGUCCAAAGCGCUACUCAUCUCUGAGGCAGCGCAGUAUGCCGGAAACGACAACAUACCAAACACCUCAACAAGCUGUGCCACCACCACAUGCUCCAUAUUAUGAUGCAGGAUAUCAGACUGCAUUGUAUGCCCCUUCAGACACAGGUGUUCCUACUCCUAGCACUCAAAGCCAAACUGUAGCCAGUCCUCCCAUCAUGAACCCAUCUGCAUAUCAAACCUUUGGUCCUACUCCCUAUACUGACAGUUAUGGUAUACGACUGCCCGUCACAACUCCUCCUAGAUUAUUUCCUCAAGUGACAGUUCCAGCUGGCCAGCCAAUCUUGGCUCCACCACCAUGCAUAACACCAAGCCCAAGCAUAAUGAAUUUUGCUCCUCCACCCCCACCAGCAGGUUAUCAUCAGUUUGCAUAUCAACAGUAUGCAACACCACCACCACCUCCUCCACCAGCACCUCCAAGUGAUAUGUUUCAGACUGGAAUUACUUAUUAUUAUCCACCCAGUCAACCACCUCCUAUCAGGCCAACUGUUCAAAAGAGACCUAAAGCAGCUAUUCCCAUUUUGCCACCUCCUGAGCGAGAGACUAAAAAAAUUGACAAACAGGACUCGCCUCAGAUCAGCAGCAAUCGAAAUUUUUCUGACAGUUCUAGUGAUCCUGUAAAUGUAGAGAUGUCAUCAUUAAGGACUGAGCCUUCCACGCAAAUGCAAACAUCAGUUGGAGUGGAAAGUUAAUAUUUAAGAAUUAUUUUGGAACUACUUUGUGUUACAUCUAUUAACCUUCAACUGGAUGGUGCUCUCUGCUGCAGCAAUAUACAGUUGUUUACCAUUGUUUGUGACAUUUCUGCUAUUUUUUGUAUAGUUGUGAAUUUUAAUACACUUAAAAAUUUGAUGCACUAAAAAAUAAUCAUGUUUAUGUUCCAAACCUGAAGUAACUGCAUUGUGAGACAUUAUUAUGCUACAACUACUUAUUAAGGAAAAUGCUUCAGUGAUAUUUUUUGUAGCAAUUUAAUAUUUGAUUUAACUGCUAAUCCAUCAAUACUCGUAUUACAUUUUGUAUUAAGCAGUUACUUGAAAUUCAGAAUUUGGCUUGUCUUUAAUAAUAUCAAUAACAAUGUCACAUAUUUUUAAUUAAGUUAUUAAUAGUUCUUAAAAAAUACUGUUUUGUAUAUAAGAUGCUGUACACUUAUAUAAAAUAUAUUUUUUUCAUUAGUAGAUGAAGCAGCGAAACAUUAAAAUAGUAAAUAAAGAAAAAUCAUCAUGUGGAAUAAAAUAUAAAUAGAUCAUUUAAAUGCAUCUGAGUGCUUUUAUUAAACCUUUUUACAAUCAAUAAUUAAUUACAAAACAUAGUACAGAUUAAUGUAAUAAAAUAUUAAUAAUUUAAUGUGAUAUUUCAAGUACUUUUGAUAUCUUUUUAUUGAAAUAUAUGUCAUUCAAAAAUUGUUGAAUAUUUGAGCUGGAGAUAUUUAAGUUUAUCUGUUAAUGCUCUAUAACAAACCUUUAUUUAUUUAUUUAUUUAUUUCAAAUAUUUGAGCCUACUUUGUGUGUUUUAAUAAUCCACCUUCGAAUUCAUUUGAUUUUUAAAGUUUUUGAAACUGUACUAAAAUAAUUUAUUAUCAUGCUAUUCUUUUUGUGGUGUAACUAUAUUCAUAUUACCCACAAUAUUAUAAUCAGUAUCAUAGAUAAGUGGAUAAUUUAAUUAUCAUCAUCUGCCAGUUUACUGACUUAACAGAGUCAUCUUCAAUUUCUUUCGAAAUUUUUUUUUUUUUAACUUCAUCUUAUGUGUAGCAUAAUCUUGUGUAAUAUUUAUCAGUCUAAUGAAUUCGAAGUCGGUUUAUGAAAUGCUGCAAACUUGACACACAAAAGUAUUGGUUGAUCCAGCAUCUUUUUAACAGAGGACUAGUAUUAGGAUGUAUACUUCUGCUUAUAAAAUUAUGACAAAUAAAAAUUGCCCAAGCUGUUUAUUCGUUAUUUCAGGUGAGUUGAAUUGGACUUGUAAAGGUGGUUGCACUAGAUUUUAUUUUAUUUUAUUUUGUAAUUAAAAUAAUUGCAGUAACCUACAAAGUUUCAUUUCUAUUAGAUAAGUGAUGGGGGAAAUUAGUUGAUCUUUAUUUUACUAAAUGGAGCAUGUGAUCAUAAAGUUGACCAUAUUGCAAUAAACUGUAUAAAUGGGAUACUUGAGUUAAUGGAUUAAUAGGAAAGUUUGUUGUUAUGCAUUGGUGUAAAAGCAUAAUUUAUGAUCUUUUUUAAUUAUGUACUUGCUAUUUGUAAGUAUAAAAUAAAUGUCAGAAAGCUUACCUAUGGUUUCAAUUUCAUAUGUGAGAGACAUAAAUUUUAAUUUCUGUUAUUGCUCUUAAUUUGCUUAACAGAGUGGUCAUUUUGUCUCUAAAAUAAAAUCGUGUUUUUCAAUAUUUAUUUGUUUGAUUAUAUUAUGUGUAUGAUACUUUUAGACAGAAUUCUAUUAACUCUAAGACAGAAAUUGAUUGAAUUGUGUUGUUUUAUGCACAGUCUGACAAUUAAAUAAUGAUACUGAGUUUAUAAUGAAAUAAAUGGGAAGGAUAUUUUUAUUCAAAGUACAUACCUAUUGAAUUAGUACAGCAAUUGACAUGAUCUAAUAAAGCCUGAAAUUACUUUGCAAAAUUUGUAAUAUUGUCCAAAGAUUCAAAGUUACAAGUCCUGUGAUAUCUUCAUUGUCAUCACAGAGGAGUUCUUUCAUUAAUAACUUUAGUUUUAGUAACUGAACCGUACAAUGAAUCUGAAUAGUGUGGAUGGUUGACAAAAGUUCUUUUACAAUCAGUUAUCCAAUAUAUUAUCCCAAGGAAGAAUUUAACUGCCACAUGCUGUAUACUUAAAUUAGACUCGGAGAAUUCUUUCCCAUGGGCAUUUCAAAAUAUAAGGAAAUAAAUAAGUGAAUAAAAAAGUUAUGUUAGCAAUCUGUACCUUGAAUUUAUGGUGAAUAAGUAAUUGCAUUGCUGUCAUAGAAUGCCAAAAUCGCAAUCACUUUUGAUUUUGAAGACGAGUUUCUUUUGGUGAUGAUGUCGACUUUUAUUUAGAACUUUGGUGUUUAUUUGUUGCAUCAUAUCAAAGAUAUUAUCUUUCAUCUUUUGCAGCAAUUCACUUUAAGAGUAUUUUUUAUUUUUCUGAUACGUUUGAAGAAUAUCUUUUGCUUAUUAAACAUAAUCAAGUUCCGCUGUUCAAGUCCUCAAAGCUAAAAAUAGCUGUGCCGAGAAUACCGACUAACUUGUCAAUCGAAUUUUUUUCGUUUUCACUAACCUCUCUGUCACCUUCUUCAUGUCUUUAUACGU